ACGAUUUAUAGUCUAUCCAUGGCAUUACCAUUGAGUAUUAUUGGGUAUUACAAUUAAAAAAAAAAUUGAAUUGUUUAGUUUCGUUUUCUGGUUUUAUGUUUAAAAUCAACUGUGCUUUAUGCUUUUAGCCUUCAAUAAACAAUUAAGUGACUAUAACUUAAUACUUAAAAAAAAAAGACUAAAAUGGCAGAAGAUAAUAUUUUAUACGUAAAAGGAAUGAAGCUUUCGGAAUCGGAUAAAGGUGAUGAUGAAUCUGAUGAUGUGUGGGAUGAUAGUAAACUUAAAGAUGCUUAUGAUAGGGCUUUAAAAAUAGCCAAUGCAGAGGUAGCAAGAAGAGUGGCUUUGUCCACUAACAAUUCUAAAGCUGAUGGCAAACCGACAACUAAAUCAACUAAUGGUAUUAGAAAUCCGAAGAAAGAUUUCAAGCCUCGUUGGAAAGCAGGAAUGAACUGCCGAGCUGUGUAUGAAACAGAUGGGGUUGAAUACGAAGCAUUGUUAGAAAGAAUAAUUAAUGACGAUGAAUGCGUUGUCAGAUUUCUAGGUUAUGAGAACUCUGAAAUAGUAUCAAUAUCAUCUCUAAAACCAUCAUUAGGUAAAGCAGAAAGGACUCAUCAGAUUCAAGAUGCUUUAGCUGAGAAAAUAGAUAAUAUUGAUUCACAGUCAAAUAAUUCUUACAAUGUUGAGAGAAUGGAGUGCUGCGAUCGGCCUCAGAGUCCUGGUAGCUCAGUUUCGUUUCAGAAGAAAAAGAAAUCGGGAAAGAAGAAAAGCAAGCAAAAGCAGAUGAACACCUUUGAACUACCCAAUCCGCCCACACCAAAUUUUGCAUCAAUAAGAAAUAUUGGUGCAAUGGAUAUGCCAAUCCCUCCACCGCUGGUCAUGAGUUCUGGUUUCGAAGAUGAGGCGUUGUCAUCCAUGCUGCUAAGCUGGUAUAUGAGCGGUUACUACACUGGCCUCUACCAGGGGAUGAAACGGUGAUAUAUCUUAUUUUCUAAUGUUACUUUUUCUAAUUUCACUCAUUAUAUUUAAAAGGACAUUUCAAUAAUAUGUAACUUUGUUUCAGGGCACAGCAAGGGAGAAAGAAUAAU